AUGCACUUGAAUAUUCAAGGCUCUAGAAAACCCAGUUAGAUUAGUAGCCCAACCUCAAUCAAGAAGCCAACGAUAUCUUAACUUCUCAUAAACUUUAGAUCACCUAUUACUGUUCCUAAUAGUUCAUAGGUUUCACCUCAGAAUUCUGAACAAAAUCUUCAAAAAGCAUUGCAUUCUCAUAAGGGAUCUUAGAUUGAUGUUACAAAUUUAACAAAAUUGAUUAGACAUAGUAAAUCACCAAAUUUAGAAAUAAAUGAUGUUCAAAGCAAUGAAAAUUAAAGCUAAUAAUAAUUAUAAGCAUUACUCGCAAAAGCAAGAGAAAUUACUUAGAAUAAAUCGAAACCACCAAUAAUUAAGCAAUAAGUUUAAUCGAUUUAAACACAAUCAAUUAAUCAAUUAAAGGAACUAUUCAAUGAUAAUUUGUAUUGCAGAAAUACAUUUCAUUUUCAUUUUGUAGUUGGGAUAGGUGGAUUUGGUAAAGUAUGGAAAGUGGAGCACAAGAAAACAGGGCAAAUAUAUGCCAUGAAGGAAAUGUCAAAAGCAUUAAUUAUAACAAAAAAAAGUGUAAAUUCAGUAAUGAACGAGAGAAUACUUUUGAGUGAACUAAAACAUCCAUUCCUAGUUAACAUGAAUUACGCUUAUUAAGACAAAGAAACAUUGUAUUUAAUUAUGGAUUAUAUGUCUGGAGGUGACUUGAGGUAUCAUAUAGGAAGAAUGAGAAGAUUCAAUGAAGAGUAGACUAGGUUUUUUGUGGCUUGCAUAUUCUUAAGUCUUGAAUACGUGCACGAAAAUAACAUUAUUCACAGAGAUAUCAAACCAGAAAAUUUAGUAUUAGAUAAUAAAGGAUAUGUGCAUUUGACUGACUUUGGAAUAGCUAGAGUUAUGAAACCAGAAAAUUCAAGUGAUACAAGUGGAACACCAGGAUAUAUGGCUCCUGAAGUAAUGUACAGAUAAAAUCAUACAUAUGCUGUGGAUUAUUAUGCGUUGGGAGUCAUUGCUUAUGAAUUUAUGUUAGGAAGAAGACCAUAUGUUGGAAGAUCUAGGUAGGAGAUUAGAGAUUAAAUUAUGGCAAAAUAGGUUUAAAUUAGGAAAUCGGAUAUACCAGAAAAUUGGUCUAUAGAGGCUGCUGACUUUAUUAAUAGACUUCUCUAAAGGAAACCUUAGCAAAGAUUAGGUUUUAGUGGUAGUUAAGAAAUAAAAUAACAUCCUUGGUUCUAGAAAUUUCCUUGGUAGAAAUUGUAAAAUUUUGAAUUGAAUCCUCCUUUCCAACCAAAUAGAACCGAAGACAAUUUUGAUUAAAAAUAAAUAAUAUUGGAAGAUUAGGAGAACAAUGAAUUGAUCCAAUAGAAUCUUCUGGUUUUAAAAGACCCAUCAUCUUUAGAGUUAUUUUAGGGUUAUGAGUUUAAUGCCAAUCAGAGUGUAAAUAAAAUUUCAUCAACCACUGAUCAAUCUUCGAGUUCAUCGUCUAAGCAUAGUAGAAAUUUCAGUUCAAACAUAGAAAAACAAAAAUUUUUUGAACAAGCUCAUAAAUGA